UUGAAGUUUUCCCUAUAUAAUAUGAUGUAACCGCGUCAUUUUCGUUUUUUUUAAUGAUAAGAACUGAGUGAGUGUUUUAACGGUAUAAUCAAUAUGCAAAUUUCAGAUUCUGGAGGGAUAUAUUUGUAAAUUGACCUGGCCUCAAAAACCUUUGAAGGGAACCGAAAUAAUUUUGAAUUAGAGACGUCCCAUAUAACAUCAUAAGAAGUUUCAAAAUUUCAGAAGGAAAAAAAAAAAAAAAAAAAUCUAAACCCAAACAAAGAACCCAUCGUCCUCCUCCGCCGCCGCGCGCCGCCGAUCGCCGCCGCUCGCCGGCGCGCCAACCACCAUGGCCAAGGCGGCGCCGCCGCCGCUCACCCCGCCGCCCGAGGUGGCGCACCUGAUCGAGCAGCUCGAGCGCCAUUGCCUCGCCCCCGACGGUUCCCUUCUCUCCAGAUUCGCCUACUCCGAUCUCCUCCAAGCGAGGGAGGAGAUGACAAGGGAGAGGGCGCGGUACUUGGAAGCCAUGGCGGUUUACUCCGAAGCGAUCGCGAUGGUGGAGGAAUACCAACAGGCGGUCGCGGUGAAGAAUCUUGGUGGGGGUGUUAAAGAUAUUCAGGGCCUUUAUCCGCAUCUUGGGUUGAAUUGCUCCCCCCAGGUUUAUGAGUCACUUGAGCACCGUUUAACUGUUGCAGAGGCUGCUCAGAGGUUGAGGCUUCCUCUUCUUUCGAAUGAUGGAGAAAUUCAUGAAGAAGAGAUAGAAAAAUUAAGCACAGUGUCAAGGAGCUCUUUUGAUAGUACAGCAACAAGUGUCACACCUAGCUUAAGCUCAAAUUCAACAAGCUACAUUAAUAACUAUACAAACAGCGCUGCUAGUGUGUUGAGUGCUGUUCCACCUAGUAAUUUUGAUACAGCUGAACUUGGAGUUGGCGGUGUGCCAGAUCGUUUUCUUGGAAUAACCCCAGGUUAUCUGUAUCAAGUGCAACAAGAGCAGCCUGCCAUGACUGUGGACAUGGUAGAGUAUCAGAGAUCGCUUGUUAGAGAGAUUGAGGCCCGCUUAGAAGCAAAAUGUGAUACAUUAGCUGAUAUCUUCGCAAUGGAUGACAUUGAUUCCUCUUCUCUAAGUCAGAUCUCAAGUGCUCGGCUUCCAGAAAGGGUCAAGUUUAUUAUUGAGGCAAUUGAAAAGGAAGAGGCUCUUUUACUUGACGAUCUUUCUUCAAUGGACAGGAAAUUUGCUGAACACUACAACGUUCUAGAACAAAUUCUUGCGGUGCUUUUUAAAUUUGUCAAAGAUCUGAAGCUGCAACAUCAGCAUCAAUAUGAUGAAUUGAAGAAGACCUGGCUUUGUAAACGGUGUCAAACAAUGAAUGCCAAAUUGAGUGUUCUCGAGCACCUUCUUUUGCGUGACACCUACACUAAGGACUCCGUGCAAGCGCUGCAUAGGAUAAGGAAGUAUCUUCUGGAAGCAACAGAAGAAGCAUCAAUUGCUUACAAUAAAGCGGUUACACGUCUACGUGAAUAUCAAGGUGUGGACCCACAUUUCGAUACGAUUGCCAGGCAGUAUCAUGAGAUUGUAAAAAAACUGGAGGGCAUGCAAUGGACAAUUCACCAGGUUGAAAUGGACUUGAAACGCUCCCUUGAUCAUCCUACCGCCUAGUUUAAUCCAAAUGUCUAUCCUUCCUUCAGGUCAUUUCGUGCUGUGGAGUCGAGAGCAGAAUCAUCAGAUAAUAUCUAAAUCUUCUGCUAACGGAUGAAUAUGCAUGAGAAGUGAAAUAACUGGAUGCUGUUUUUUUUUUUUUUUUU